AACAGUGGUCCAAAAAGCUCAUUUACAACUGAGCUUAAUGAGUACAUUACCAAGCUACUUGACAACGACCCUCAGAUAUUUGCGGACGAUAUAAUAAAUAGCUUGACUGAACAAUUCGAAGGCUUCACCAUUUCAAAAUUGCAAAUGAACAACCAUCUAUGUAAUACUAUGCUUAUCACUGUAAAAAAGCCAUAUUUCGAACCUGAGGUUAGAAACUCAGUAGAG